UGCGUUCCUCUCUCCGUGGGCAGAAUGUCUCAUGGAGGAGUUUGGGAUGCGUCUGUGAACAUCCACAGUUUGGAUGUGAAGGCAAGAGCGGGAUACAAUGGCAAGCGAUUUGAAGCCUCGGUUGUGUGUGAUGAAGAAAGGAGAGAACGGCUACGGGUUUCAUCUGCACGGAGAGAAAGGAAAAACCGGACAGUACAUACGGAAAGUGGAGCGCGAGUCCCCAGCUCAGUCAUCCGGACUGCGCGCGGGUGAUCGUUUGGUGGAGGUGAACGGCGAGAACGUGGAGAGAGAGACACACCAUCAGGUGGUGCAGCGGAUCAAAGCCGUGGAACAUGAGACCAGACUGCUGGUGGUUGAUCGAGAGACUGACGAGUACUUCCGCAGCCUGCGUCUCACCUGCACGGAAGAAAUGGCCAUCCGGAUGAGUCCUGCAGCCACGACCCCGUCUCCCUCACCGUCCACCAGUAAACAGGGCAACGGCUCGGUGUCCAAACGACUUGAGAUAUCCAAACCCAUCAGGAAACCUCCGUCACGAGCUCCUAAGAAGGAGGCUCAGCCCUCGUCGGUGUCCUCGACACGGGAUCCAUCUGAGCUUCUGCCGAGGCUGUGUCUCCUGGUGCGGUCCGAGAUGGGUUACGGCUUUAAUCUCCACAGCGAGAGGUCCAGACCGGGUCAGUACAUACGGGCUCUGGACCCCGGCUCACCCGCUGACCGCGCUGGACUCAAACCACAGGACAGACUCAUAGAGGUGAAUGGCGUGAACAUUGAAAGCAUGAGACAUGCUGAAGUUGUGGCCUUCAUCAAGAACGGCGGGAAUGAGACGCGGUUGCUAGUGGUGGAUCCGGAUACAGAUGAGCAUUUCAAAAAGAUGGCCAUCACUCCCACCAGCAUCCAUGUCAAAGAUUUUGACGAGUCCAUAACUAACGGCUCCUCCAGUCCACACGUGAACGGGACGUCCUCUCGAUCCACAUACUCAGACGGCAGCAGUCAGGACACCAACACACAGUUCUCGAGGGAGAGCAGCAGCCAUCUUCUCGACCCGUUUGAAGAAAUAGGUCUGUGUCUGAGCCCCACGGCGGCGGAGGCUAAAGAGAAAGCCCACGCCAAGCGCACCAGAAAGAGAGCGCCCCAGAUGGACUGGAACAAGAAGCAUGAGAUUUUUAGCAAUUUCUGAAUCUCCUUCCCAGAGACGCGCCCCCCACGUGUGUUGCAUUCAAAGCCCUGGACACCUGACUGCUUUUGAUGGAAAAGAGGCACCUAUUUUUGUAGAAAAUGAAAACUUGAAACAUAAGAAGUUGAACAACACACCCAGAGGGGAUGAUGCGAGUUACACAAUAGGAUUUCUGUCUUAUGAAUGGCUAAGAAAGUCAAAAAUUGAUGAUCAAGCUGCUCGUAAAGAAGGUUUUCUACAUGAUUUUGUGUUCAUGCUGUUUAUUCGGCCACUUCAAUAUAGCACGUUAACAAUAACCGUACAAAAUGGAAUACAAAAGCCAAAUGAGACUAUUAUACAGAACAGCGUGCAGACUGUGCUUCUGCAGAACAAAAUCAUGUUAUUGGAUUUAGAAGGACCAAAUUAAUGAAACUCGUUUUAUGUCGUUCAUGUUUUAUGUGAGUCAUCGGUAGAAUAAGAAUUGUUCUUUUGCCAAAGACACAACCUAUAAUCAACCUGAUCAGCUGAUGAGUUUCGAUUGUUUUGAAGGGACGUAUCACUGUUGGAUAUCAACUUUCUUGGAAUUACUUUAAAAAGGAAGAAAAAACUGGAGUGACCCAGAAAGGGGAAUCUGCAAAGGAAUUGCACUUCUUCAACACUAGAGAACACUGUUUAUGCACUUGUGGGCUUCAUUAUGAAGGAAGAAGGAAUACAGUAGAACAUGUUGAACCACCAGAGGGAGCAUCAUAACACGUGCUACUUUCUUACAGCGCGGUUGACUGCAAGAGAAGCGAAACUUCUGCAUCGAACAAGUGCAAAGUUGCAAGAUACGCCACAAAGAGUCACUGCUGUAUUUACAGUAUAUUCACUACUGGUGCAUUCUGGGAUGUGGAUACCGACAGACAGAUGGCAUGCAAGAAGUCACAAUCAUGCAAAGCCGAAUCGGUUUAGGAAGCGAAACAAACCUUGUAAAACAAUAAAAAGUAACGCAUACCUUAUCUAUAGAGGCAUGAGUUUGAGGAACUGACGUUUGAAACAGUUUGAUGCUGUGAGAGUCACUGAACUUUGUGCAUAAUGGAUUUAUGACAGUGACCCUCAAACUCAUCUCUGAAGGCGGUCUCUGUCACGGCUGAUUCUGGAUAUAACAUUGCCACCAUUAUUCGUUUGGAUUUUGGUAACGCGGACAAUCAUGAAAGCUUUUGAGAGAGCACUAUAUGCAUUUACUGCACACAUAUUGUGAUAUAUAGCAUCAGCAUUACUAUUAUUCAUCUUAAUAAUUCAUGAUAUGUUCCAUGUUUGAAAUUUAGUAUUAAUGUAGUCAAGUAGGCUAGUUUUUUUUCUUUUCCUUUUCUGUUGCUCCCCUAUGCCAGCAAUGAGCAGUAAUGGGAAAUCAUUUCCCAUCAGAAAUAUUCGUAUUAGUAUUAAUUUUUUCAAUAAAGUGUCACAAUCACAUUCUGAAUGAGAUUGUUGUGUUAAUUUAAAUGCAUUCAUCAGCAGAAAGUGUCACUGAGCACUUUAGUUUGUUUAGUAGUUUGGU